CUAAGAAAAAGAGUAUUUAAAUCUUAUCAAAAUCUAAAUAAAAAUUUCGUUAAGAGAUAAACUAUGUAUAUACGCAUAUAACAGAUGAUUAAUUAAUUUCAUACAAAAUGCAACUGUUCAUAAAAAGUACAUGGAAUGUUAUGAAAUUUGUUAGACCCAUUACUAGUAAAAUGAACCCAAAAGUAGCCGUUGGACAAAUGACAGCAACAAGUGAUUUAAAUCAUAAUUUAAAACAAGUUAAAUGUAUUAUUGAAAAAGCUACCAAGGAAAAUGCUCAGAUUGUUUUCCUCCCAGAAGCCUGUGAUUAUAUAGCAGAAAAUAAAGAGCAAGCUAUCAAACUCGCCGAGCCGUUGUCUGGUCCAAGAGUUACAGAGUAUAAAAAUUUAGCAAAAAGUAAUAAUGUUUGGAUAUCGUUUGGCGGGAUACAUGAAUUGACCGCCAAUAAUAAAGCAUUCAACACACAUCUUGUAAUUAAUAAUUUAGGUGAAAUUGUUGGAAUAUAUAGAAAAUUACAUUUAUUUAAUGUAAAAAUACCAGAAGAAAAUAUAUUUUUAGUUGAAUCAAAAACAGUUGAAAGCGGCAAAUCCAUUGUACCUCCAAUUGAAUCACCAAUUGGAAAGUUAGCAUUAUCUAUUUGUUACGAUAUGCGUUUUCCAGAACUAGCAAUUGCUUUACGACAAAAAGGCGCUGAAAUUUUAACAUAUCCUAGUGCUUUUACACACGCAACUGGUGCUGCGCAUUGGGAAAUUUUGUUAAGAGCACGAGCAAUUGAAUCACAGUGUUUUGUUAUUGCAGCCGCUCAAAUUGGACGACAUAAUGAGAAACGAAUUUCUUAUGGUCAAGCUAUUGUUAUAGAUCCAUGGGGUAAAAUUAUCGGAGAAUGUGAAAAACACUCAGACUCGGAUCCAUAUGAACCGACAGUUUGUACAGCUGAAAUUGAUUUAACCAAAUUAGAAACUGUUCGAAAAAAAAUGCCAGUUAUAGAGCAUAAAAGAACUGAUAUAUAUGGUUCAAUAAUAGAAAACAGUAUUUUUGAGUUGCCUAAGGAAGUAUCUACGUUGAAUUUUGGAGGAAUAAAAAUUCCAAUUGAAACAGUAUUUUAUAAAACACCAUAUUCGUAUGCAUUUACGAAUUUACGUUGCGUUGUACCUGGUCAUGUUUUGGUAUCAUCUGUACGAGAAUCAAAACGACUUAGUGAUUUAACACCCACCGAAGUUGCUGAUUUAUUUAAAACUGCUAUUAAAGUACAAAAAGCUGUUGAAGAAGUUUACAAAGCAACCUCGUCUACAGUUGUUGUACAAGAUGGACCCGAAGCUGGACAAACAGUCAAACAUGUCCACAUCCAUAUAAUGCCACGCAAAGAAGGAGAUUUUGUUUUUAAUGAUGAAAUUUAUAAACAUAUACAACAGCAUGAUAAAGAAGGUCCAAAUAUGAAACCACCAAGAUGCCUUGAAGAACAGAAGGCUGAAGCAGAUAUUUUAAGAAAAAUUAUUUCCCAAUAACAACAAUCUUUUAUUAGACAAAUAUAGAGGGGCUGCGCGUCCGCAUACAUUGUCUUUGAUAAAUAUAUCACUAGAAAUUCUUAUAUGGUUUAAUUGUGCUUGGUCCAAUAACAUCAUCUUUUAAAUAAAUUAUAUUUUACGAAGCCCGAAAAAUUUUGAUUAUGCUGACAAAAUUAAAAUAUUUCGGGUCCCGUGAAACCGAAGGUAAAGUUAGGCUAAGAAUAAUUAAUUCAACAAUUUUUAGAGGUGUAUUUAUCAACGAUAAUCUAUGCUGUCAAGCACUGGGGCUUAUAAAUCAAUUUACAAAAAAAAAUAAAAAAUAAAAACUAUAGGAAAAUUAAUAAAAUUGAAGCUUUAAAUUUUUUUAAAUUGGAUUAUACUUAUUUUUAUUAGACAAAGCCAUGUAUACAGCGAUCAUGUAAUCAUAGGGGUUAAAUA